UCUGUUGACUUUAGUUCCGUCCCCACCCAGAACGACAUUCUCGUUCCCGAGACUCUCCUGAAGAAGCGUAAGUCGCAGGAGAAGGCCCGCGCUGAGCGCGCUGCCGAGCUCGAGAAGGCCAAGGCUGCCCGCAAGGAGAAGCGUGGUGUCAUCUUCAAGCGUGCCGAGAAGUACGUUAAGGAGUACCGCGACACCGAGCGCGAGAAGAUUCGCCUCCAGCGUGCUGCGAAGCAGGAUGGUGCCUUCCACAUCCCCGCUGAGGCCAAGUUGAUCUUCAUUGUCCGCAUCAAGGGUAUCAACAAGAUUGCCCCCAAGCCCCGCAAGAUCCUUCAGCUUCUCCGUCUCCUCCAGAUCAACAACGGUGUCUUCGUCCGCGUCACCAAGGCCACCGCUGAGAUGAUCAAGGUUGUCGAGCCGUGGGUUGCCUACGGUUACCCCAACCUCAAGAGCGUCAAGGAGCUCAUCUACAAGCGCGGAUAUGGCAAGGUCAACGGCCAGCGCAUUGCCCUCACCGACAACAGCAUCGUCGAGGAGAACCUUGGCAAGUACGGCAUCAUCUGUAUCGAGGAUCUCAUUCACGAGAUCGUCACCGUCGGCCCCAACUUCAAGCAGGCUGCCAACUUCCUCUGGCCCUUCAAGCUCAGCAACCCCAACGGUGGCUUCCGUCCCCGCAAGUUCAAGCACUUCAUCGAGGGUGGUGACCUUGGCAACCGUGAGGAGCACAUCAACGCUCUCAUCCGCCAGAUGAACUAA